AUGCAGGUCAUUCCAGAUUCAGUGGAUCUUGAGAGGGAAAUAGGCGAACUGCGUGACUUAUCUGAACGACAAGCGGAGCAUAUUAAAUCGCUUGAGGAAACACGGAAUAACACUUUGUCUGCAAAGGACAAGGCUCUUGAUGAGGCAAACGCGAUGAUAACUCAGCUUCAAGCACAGAUUGACAACUUACAUAAAGAUGCAGAUUCAGAUGUUAAAGACCUCAAGCGGCAGCUGUCUGAACUUAGAAGCCUGUCAGAGCGUCAGGCUCAGCAUAUUGUUACCAUGGAUGCCACUCAAAAUGACCAAAUCACUGAAAAGGAGAAAGAAUUGAACGAAGCCAAAUUAAAGGCUAGUUUUUUCUUCAUUUCAUCUAUUGUGGAAUUAGAGGGUCAAUUAGAACGACUUGGUCAAAAUUUCAACAUCGAAUCAAAAGUUACCUAA